AUGACUGGAGGUCGCCACCUUAAAGCUGAACUGUUAGAAGAAAGAGUGUCAGAGCCCCUAGACUUCCCUAAAGCAAAAUCAAUUGGAUUAGUUGAAGCCAUUGCCGAGAAUGUUUUGAGACGUGGAUUGGAUGCAAAAAAAAAUUUAGAAGUUCUUUUGAAAGGAAUGACUGAAUUCAAGAUAGAAUAUGGCAGUGUCCCCUCCCAUCUACUCAUCCAUGGUGCAUUAGCAUUGCCCAUUGCUAUGAAUGACUCCCACCAGGCAUUCCUUGCAGCUGCACACUAUGGCAGGGGCUGCGUUGUGGUACUUGCUCAUGAAAACUUUUUCCAAGCAUCAGCAAUGAAAACCUUUAUCCUCAAUGCCAUUGGUUGGCUUGAUGCUGGGAAGGGAGGACAAGUUGGUAUUGCUGGUGAUCUGCAGGACUUUUUCACUCUCCUAAGCCAGGAGCAAGCCCUGCAAGAACAUCUUAAGGAAAACCUGAGUGUGUACUGCUACAAAGCCUACAGUGAUGAGGAGGUGGAGAAGAUUCAUGGGUUUGUUUCAAGGGGUGGUGAUCUGCUGGUUGGAGGACAGGCAUGGUCCUGGGCUGCAGGGAAUGCUGAUGGCAAUGCCAUUGCUGGGUUCCCUGGGAACAAAAUACUGCAAAAGUUUGGAGCUGGUAUCUUAGGAGAUAACAUACUACCGUCGUCAGCCAGUCUUACAUCCUGACGAGGUUUUCUCACACUAUCACUUUUGCAAGGCA